AUGAGUGCGGUGAAGGAGCAGAGCGCCAAUCUCUACGCCACGAAGUUGGCCGAGCAAGGCUGUGUCACCGUCUCGUUGGACCUUCCUUUCUGGGGUGCCAGCGGCGGUGAGCCACGCAACGGGGUAUCUCCGGAUAUCUAUGCAGAGGCAUACAGUGCCGCAGUCGACUAUCUUGGCACGCAGGACUUUGUUGAUCGUGAGCGGAUUGGCAUUCUUGGUAUUUGUGGAAGCGGCGGUUUCGCGAUUAAUGCGGCGAAGAUUGACCCGCGCCUAAAGGCCAUCGCAACGGCAAGCAUGUACGAUAUGGGCGCUGUGAACCGCGAUGGGCCACGAAAGUCACAGACCCUUGAGCGGCGCAAAGCGAUCAUCUCCGCGGCCGCCGAGCAGCGCUGGGUCGAGGCGAAUGGGGGUGAAAUCCAGUACUCCGGCGGCGUCCCAAGUCAGAUAACGGCAAACACAAGCGCUGUUGACCGCGAGUUCCACGACUUCUACUUUACGCCGCGUGGCGAGUUCAUUCCUGAAGGCACCAGGCGGGAGCUGGAGACCCAGCGGACAACUACAAGCAACCCGAAAUUCAUGAACUUCUACCCUUUCAAUGAUAUCGAUUCGAUUUCGCACCGCCCUCUUCUAUUCAUUUCAGGCGCCCAGGCACACUCGCGUGAGUUCAGCAAGCGCGCCUAUGCACUGGCAAAGGAACCAAAGGAGCUCUUCUGGGUGCCGGGUGCCGGUCACGUCGACCUCUAUGAUCGUGUGGGCCUCAUUCCUUUCGAUAAGCUCACCCGAUUCUUCCGGGCGAGCCUCCGUUAG